AUGGCGUCGGACGGAGGCGCGGCGGGGGAGGAUCCGUUGUGCGUGGAGCUGCCAGAGCGGCUGGCCAUCCUGCCGUUCCGCAACCGCGUGCUGCUGCCGGGGGCCAUCGUGCGAAUCACGUGCUCCGACCCCAGCAGGUGGGUAGGGAGUCAUCCCGAGGCCCAGUAUACCAGGGGCAGGCAGCACAUGAGGCUCUGCUAUGCAUGUAACACAUUGGUGCGGCUGGCCAUCCUGCCAUACCGCAACCGCGUGCUUCUGCCGGGGGCCAUCGUCCGAAUCACCUGCUCCGAUCCCAGCAGAGCGGCUGGCCAUCCUGCCGUACCGCAACCGCAUACUGCUGCCGUGAAGGGGCAGGUAGCACAUGAGGAUCCGCUAUGCGUGGAGCUGCCAGAGCGGCUGGCCAUCCUGCCGUACUGCAACCGCGUGCUUCUUCCCAGCGCCAUCAUCCGAAUUACGUUCUCCGACCCCAGCAGGUGGGUGGAGAGUCAGCGACUGGCCAUCCUGCCGUACCGCAACCGCGUGCUUCUGCCGGGCGCCAUCGUCCGAAUCACCUGCUCCGACCCCAGCAGCGUGCGGUUGGUGGAGCAGGAGCUGUGGCAGAAGGAGAAGCCCGCGCUGAUUGGGAUUGUACCCGUUAUAGAGCCUGCUGGUUCGGGGGAUGGCACUGGCAGCAGCGGUGCUGCUGCUAGGGGCAGUGCUGCUAAUGGCGGUGAUGGAAAUGCGGAAGGAGGAGCAGGAGGGACUGGGGAGAAGGCAGGGGGAGGGGAAGGGGCGGCAGAUGGAAAGGCGGUAACGCGCGUGUGGGGGCCCGCUGGGCCAGAGGAGGUGACGGGGGCGACGGCGAAGCUUCUGCUGGAAGACGUGGGCUGGCACCCCAGGUGGGUUGGGUUGGUUCAAGUCAAGGUAUGGUUGAGUGGUGCAGCUGAAUGCUUGCAGGCAGAGGGGAGGCUGGGUCGACUAGAUGCUGCGGCUGCUGCUGGAAGACGUGAAAUGGCACCCCAGGAUGGACGCUGCAUGCGACUUUUGAGGCGCCUCAAGACUCGCUCCCUCCCUCCUUCCUUCCAUGUUCCCCCCAAUCCUUCUCUUCACAGGGGCGUGGCAGGAUGA